GUGAAAUCGACUUCUGAUGAGAUUGUCCUGAACAAAGAGACUUAGACUGGCUUCAUGAGAAUCACCCAGCUGGUCCCACACUGGGAGACGCUGGGAGACACUAAAGGAACUAAAGAUGGAAAUUAGCCGUUGGCUAUAAUCUUGCAUAUUUAAAAACUCAGAGUCAAACAGAGGAGACAGGAGGACGCCAGUGGACGGUUGUGGGACAGCAUAGAGACGUUCACCAGAGAUGAGAAUCUGCUGAAACGGUUCUGAAUCCAGUGAUCUGUCGGAGAGAUAAAGUCUCUAAUCGUCGGCGUAGAGGAGGUUGUUGGUUGUUGUGGAGCAGCGAUGGGUUCCUGCUGCAGCGGGGACGCCGUCCGGGACGCCGCCGGCCACCAGCUGGUCCCCAUCAGACGCCACACCACCUGGCCGGAGGACGCCAAGGUGGUCACCAACCUGGACGAUCACGAGUUCUCCACCUGGGAUCUGACGGGGGGCGCCAGUCACAACCAGAGGACCACGUCCUUCCGUCAUCCCGUCAGUGGACAGAUUUCUGCAGAGAACAUGGACUUCAUCCUGCAGGACCAGCCCCAGGCUGCCUCCAUGAUGUCCAGCACCACGGUCAGCGAGGCGUCCACCGCCGUCACCUCCUCCACCGUCGACACCACCUCCAAGGGCUCCCGGUCCAGUGGGAAGGUUCACAGCUUUGGUAAGAGAGAGCAGUCCAUUAAAAGGAAUCCCAACGUCCCCGUGGUGGUCCGAGGAUGGCUCUACAAACAGGACAGCUCUGGGAUGCGUCUGUGGAAGAGGAAGUGGUUCGUCCUCGCUGACUUCUGUCUCUUCUACUACAAAGACAGCAGAGAGGAGUCGGUCCUCGGCAGUAUUCCUCUGCCCAGUUAUGUGAUUUCAUCGGUUGGAGCUGACGACCACAUCAGCCGCAAGUAUGCAUUCAAGGCGGAGCACACGGGAAUGAGGACGUACUACUUCAGCGCCGACACGCAGGAGGACAUGAACACCUGGCUGAGGGCCAUGAACCAGGCUACGCUAAUGGGACACACAACCAGAUCAUCUGAUAAGUUUGAGCCCUUCCCCGUUCAGCAGCAGGCGGUCCCUCAGUCCAACCACGUGAACCACCACGAGGCCCCGGACCCCCUUCGUCCCGUCAUCCACGAGGUUCUCCUGGAGCCGAUCCACCGCGACAUAGACGACCGCUGCAGCUUCCACAAAGACUCUCCGGGCGCCAUGGAGCUGGACCAGCCGCUGGGAGGCGUGGCGCUGGAGAUGGACACGCACACGUCCCUGCCCUCCAACCCGGCGCCCUGCGCCCUGCCGCCGCUGGACCACGUGUCGGCCUCGGCGCCCGUGUCCCGGGUCCCGUCCCGGGCCCCGUCGCGGGCCGCCUCCACGCUGCCCUCCAGCGUCUGCACCAGGAAUGGCCUGGUGUCCACGCCCAGCCCCAUCCUGGAGCCCAACGGCAUCGCGGCGGGGACGUACCAGAGGGCGCCGCCGCCCGCCGCCACUGAGCCGCACCAGCAGGUCCACCGGAGGAGGAGCGCCCUGGAGCAGGUGGAGCAGUGGGUCAAGGUGCAGAAGGCCGAGCACAAAGGGCCUCCAUCCAGAGAGAACACGCUGCCUCGCCGCACGCCGCCCACCACGCACAAGUUCACCUCCAUGGAUGCGUACCAGACUCUGCCGAAGACGCCGCGGCAGAGCCCGACCCCGGCCCGCCUCGGGGAGUACAAGUACGCCCAGGACCGCCUCAGCCACUUCCGUCUGACCCCGGACCCGGGGCCCGCCACCGUGUGGCAGCUGUACGAGUGGCAGCAGCGCCACCAGUUCCGCCACGGCAGCCCCACGGCGCCGCUCUACACCCCGGCCCCGGACUACCCGUUCGGGCCCCGGCCCCCGUCCACCGUGCCUCCCUCCUCCGCGGCGCCGCGCGGCGAGGGCCCGCCCCGCUGCGUGUCCGUGCCGCCGUCGUCUGCUGACAUCCCUCCGCCCGGCCCGCCGCCCGGCUGCAGCAGGACGCUGUCGCCGGCACGCCGACCGCACACGCCCGCCGAGAGGGUGACGGUGCGCCCGGCGGGGGACCGGUCCCUGGUGGACGGCCCCUUCACCGUGUCCCCCCGCAGGACCAAGUCCCAGAUGUUCAAGGCUGCUACUAUGGAGAGACGUUCAAUGCCUCCGUCUGGUUACAUCACACACACAGUCAGUGCUCCCAGCCUGCACGGUAAAACGCCCGAGGAGCUCACGCUGCUCCUCAUCCAGCUGCGCCGCCAUCAGGCCAAGAUGGCGUCGGCGCGGCAGCACGCCGUCAGCCAGCUGCAGCGGCUCAACGGCCCCAAAGACGCCCAGCACCACAACCACUUCCUCACCGCCACCGCCAGCCCCCUGCUCAGCUGUGGCCCCGCCCCCAUGUCCCACCUCGGACACCUGGGCCUCUCAGCCACCCUGGGGCCCUGCAGCACCCAGGUGGGGCCCUGCAGCACCCAGGCUGAUGACACGUACCUGCAGCUGAAGAAGGACUUGGAGUAUUUGGACCUGAAGAUCAGAGCUCUAGAGCCCCUGAUCCUCGCAGUUCACAGUUUACUACUGCACUGCACUGCUGGGCCUCUCAGGCCUCUGAUGAACGUAGCUGGAAGUCAAACACUGAAGGAGGCGGGGAAACCUGUCAAGGUGGCAGAAAGUGACGUGGAUGUGAAGCUGAGUCGGUUGUGUGAGCAGGACAAGAUCCUGAAGGAGCUGGAGGCCAGAAUCAGCUCCCUGAAGCAGGACAAGGACAAGCUGGAGAGCGUCCUGGACCUGUCCCACCAGCAGAUGGAGCAGUACCAGGAGCAGCCGGCUCACGCCCACAAGAUCGCCUACCAGCAGAGGCUGCUGCAGGAGGACCUGGUGUCCAUCAGGGCCCAGAUCUCACGCCUCUCCACGGAGAUGGCCCAUGCCUGGGAGGAGUACAUCCGUCUGGAGAGAUCAGUGGAGCAGCUGAGGAUCGUGCUGCAGGCUCACAUGAACCACAGCGCCACCCCUCAGCAGGAGAAGUCUGAGAUGAAGCGAGAGCUGUGGAGGAUCGAGGACGUGAUGGGAGGACUGAGCGCCAGCAAAGCCAACUACCAGAUCACCAUCGACUCGGUCCAGAACCCCGAGAGGAAACUAGUGCCUUCGGUGUCGGAGCCGGCCGUGCCUUCAGAGGUGCAGCCUCCUCCUCGCAGCUCCGUCCCCAGCAUCCUGUCCCACUCUCUGCCCCACAGCUCCCACAGCUCCCACAGCUCCCACAGCACCGUGCCAAAGUGGGCCGAGGACGGCGCCCCGCCCCGCCCCCCGCUGCCACGCCUCUACGACUACGAGGACACGCCCCCCGCGGUGCCGCCGCUGCCCAGAGAGGCCUCGGUGAUCCGCCACACGUCGGUCCGCGGCCUCAAACGGCAGUCAGACGAGAGGAAGAGGGACCGCGAGAGCGGACAGUACGUCCUCAACGGGGACUGUAAGACCGACUUGAGAUCGUACCUGAGUGAACCUGAGCUGCCGGGACUGAACCAGCACAGCUCCGACACAGAAUACCAGUACAUCCACAGCCAAGGCUCCCCGUCUGGACUGAACCAGUCCAACUACAUCUCGUCCUACGUCACCCUGAGGAGAAACCCCGGCAGCUCUGCCGCCAAGGAGAGACCUAAGAGUGCCUUGGAGCGCCUGUCCUCCCCCCCGGAGGCCCCCCAGGCCCCCAGCAGCGUGUCCCGGGGCCGGAUGACGGCGGAGGAGCAGCUGGAGCGAAUGAAGCGCCACCAGAAGUCUUUGGUCCGCGAGCGCAAGAGGAACCUGAGCUCCUCCGCCGGCCUGAGCUCCUCCACCGCCAGCACCCAGCGCUCCUCCUCCUCCUCCAGGCUGCCCUCCAGCACCUCGGACCCCCCGGCCCCCGUGUUUGACUGGCAGGAGGAGCGACUGGCUGCUGAGGGUCAGAGUGAUGAAGGGAGGGAGAGAGGAAGAGGAGGACGAGGAAGAGGAGGAGGAGGAAGAGGACGGUGGGAGGAGGAGGAGGAGUGGGUGGAGGUGACAGCGACAGCAGCUCGUAUCAGAGAGACGGACGUAGAACCACUGGAGUAUGACCUGGACAUCAGCCGGGAGCUUUCCAAACCCAGAAAAGUUCCGAUCCCGGAGCGUUACGUGGAGUCGGAUCCUGAUGAGCCUCCGAGUCCAGAAGAGCUGCAGGAGAGAUCAAUCCGGGCCCAACGCAUCAAGACCCUGCUGGCCAGAUCCAGUUUCCAGAACCGCCAGCCGUCGGCUCCGCUGGACUUCAGUGAGCUGGACUCGGCUCUGCAGCAGCAGGAGAAGAUCAUGACGGUGUCCCAGGCUCUGGCCUCCGAGGCCUCACGCAAGAGCAAACUGGUGGCAGCCCGAGCUGCUGCAGAGCCCUAAGGACAGGAAACAACAACAAACAACCAACAACCAACAACCAACAACCAACCAACCAACAACCAACAACCAACAACCAACCAACAACCAACAACCAACAACCAACCAACAACCAAC